GUACGUAUUACCGCAUGCGCACAGCUCAGAGCGCGCAAGAUGAAGCAUCUUUGCUACUUGUUGCUGGCGCUAGUAGCGGUGAUGUGGAGAGGAGAGGUGGUCGGCGACGAGAAAUGUGGCAACAACGCACCUAGGUAUCUCUCGGUGGACUGCGCUAUACUGGCCGAGCACGAUACCAAUACAUCAUGUCGGAAGAACAUCACCACCGAUGGCCGAGCGGCCGUGGACCAGUGUCAUGGCUCUAGGGCUGUUUGCAAGACCUACACGGGCAUGGGGCUGAACAUAACGUGCCGUGUACCGGGCCAAGACGGUAACGCCGUGGUCAGUGAGGAUCUGGAGGUGCACAGAGAUGGACGAAGACUUGGGAAUGAUACGCGGUCUUCUUUUGUAACGGCGGAGGCCGAGGGUCAAUACGAGUGUCUGUGGAAGGCGAACCAGAGCUCGUUUGCCAACCGCACUGUAACCGUAGAUGACGCAGUGUACAUCUUAUGGGAAAACCCUACUAAGUGGCACUGCGGGACCAUUUCCAUCCAGCUGACUGACGGAGUCAACCGCAACUGCAGCAAAAUUGACACCACUGUCCACACCUUGGGUCCAGUCACGGUGAGGUUCAAUGUACUGGGAGCUCGGCCCAUCUCUCUCAGUGUUGACAUGGUCUGGGUGGACCACUAUCCCGUGACCCUUAACUUCUCUCUCAGUAGCCACAUGGCUCUGAGUGACAGCAUCUCACAUAAAGUUGUCGUGAGACCUGAUAAACUGGUGUUUGUGGAUCAACAGUCGGUCAGUGGCUCUCUAGUGGUGACAGGGAGUAAUUCCAACCACUCCUUCUCCAUGUGUGUGCCUCUCACCUUCAUAGGAAGUCCUGUCUUGUUCCCCAACAAGAGUCUGCCAGGUAAUGUCACGGUAACAGAGGGCCAGCCGGCAGACUUUCACUGUGACGUCAAGACGACUCGCAGUGGAGGACUUUCCUUUACUGUCGCCAUCUUCCUCAAACCUCCCUCUUCCAACUUCACUGAAUGUUUUAACCGUAGCUUCUCCCAAUCUGACAGCUACGUCCAAAACAACCUCAAAACAAAUGGCAGUUGUGAUGGUUUGGUCUUACGCAACUCGUCCUCUGGUCAAAACUUUGAUAAGGUUCACCACCUCACAGCUUCCUGGCUGCGUCCCUCCAUCGCACUCUCGGGGGCUGAAGUGUUGUGUGCUAUUGCCUCCAGUGGGAUCACUCAGUGGGCCCAAACUGCUACCCUCACUAUCCUCCCCUCCUCCCCCUUUUCCCUCCCCUCCCUCUCCACACCAGUCCAACCGUCCUCACAACGCCCAGAGCUCAGAGCCCUUGGAGCUAUCUCCCUCCUCCUGGUGGCAGCUGUCUUGUUCCUCGGAGUUCUUCUCUGGUGGAGAUACCGAAAACAGAGCUCCACCAUCCAAAUCCCUCCCAAACCUGACGAGAUACCACUUGCACAGACCUCGCUACCAUCAAGUGUAGCCAACACCCCCACCACUUCCCAUCCUCUCCUCCCCUCCAUCACCCUCCCUCCUUCCCCCCACGCCAGACUCCUCGGCUCAGGCCAACACUCCUCCGACAGUAUGGACUCUGGACUGAGUCUGGGAGACAGCGGAGAGGGGUCAAAGGUUGUGGUGGGUGGUAAUCAACUCCAGGUGACGACGGGUUUCCGUAGCACCAGUCUUAACGACCUGUUUUUCCCUCCGUCUCGUGACGUGUGUGUCUAUGUCAGUUACUGCGACUCUCAGGGUGAUUGGGUGAGAGAAUGCCUGCUUCCUCUACUACACUCAUUUCAACAAAUCACAGUCACCGACCACGAAGGUCACAUGAUCGCCGGCAGUGUCAUCUCCGAGGAGAGACUCCGCCUACUUCACUCCGCUGAUAAAGUUAUUGCCGUUGUUUCCCCUGACUACCAACAGAGUGAGUGGUGUUGCUACGAGCUACAGCACGUGAUCCAGCAGUCACCACGUGGCGCUGGGCACCUCAUUCCUAUUCUCUGUGCCAGCUGUCGAGAACUUCCGUCCACCAUAGCAACCCUCCACCCCAUCUCCCUGGACGACCGUCACUGGCAGCACAAACUUAGAGUCGCCAUUCGCAGACACCAUCAUCACUCCAAUUAGUGCUCACCUCAUUCCAAUUAGUGCCCAUCUCUUUAUUACACAACUCACCUCUUUAAGACGACAUUUCUCAGACUUAUGUAGGACUUUUUCUGAACUGUAUUCAUGUUCGAGUGUCUCAAUGACUUUUUGUAUUAUAAGUGCUGAGUAUUGUAAUGGUGAACUUCACCUAGGCAACAAUAUAGGGAUUGUGUGAUGGGUUGUGUUAGGGGUGUCAGUGUGCUCAAAUCUGUUCAUAACUAUGCCUCAUGUAUCCCAUCCCUAUCUUGUCUCCCUUUCUUUUUAUACCAUCCCUAUAUGCCUCUUUUAAAUUCGCAGGAUUUUUAAUAGAUGAAAGGGAUGGGUGGAGUCAGGGUUGAUGGAUAGUGAGUGGUGUCCUUUAUUCAGAGGUUU